GCUUUCAGGUUAAAUCGGCGUUCUCUCGAACGUUGGAGAAUCCAGAGACAUCUGGAGUCGCAUUCUCAAUCCGAAUUCCCAUCCGUACGCGUCGAAGUCGCGCGAAAACAAACAACUGAGAGUAUAAUUAAUCGCACGAAGAACUGCAGCUAAAAUUGCGAGACAGCAGUGCACAAAAGACACAGCGAAACAAAUACCGUACAAAUUAGCUACGUUUAUGGCGCAUCAGGAGAAGAGGAAAAAUCUGCGCCCCGCCGCCCCCGCCUUUCAUCGCAAAAACAACAACAACUUGGAGCAGAGCUAACACAAAGAAGAAAUAUAGAAUAACAUAUAUAUUUUUGGUACCGCUUUUAUAUGGUUAAAACUAAUCAGAACGCUCCAUUGAUUUAUUGAGCGCACACUGCCAGAGUUUUCGAGUUUUACAAGACGUUGCCAGCUGUUUCUCCCGCUCUUCGUCACACACCUCCCUCAACCCGCUUCCUUGCUUCCAAGAAAGCGAGAGCGCGGUCAACGUCCUGCGAAGAGAGUGAGAAGGGCAUCGAGAGCGAGAUAAAAACGAAGGUGAGCGAAAGGACACCGGUAGCCACUUCAUCUUCCUCUUCCUUCUCACCGCGAAAUAAUUUAAAGCGAGUUAAAGUGGCAAACAAAGUUGUUGAAGAUAAAGCCCCAGCGAACCCAACCGGCAAACGUAAUCAGCUCCGUAAUCCCCCGCGAACCAGAAAAAUAUAGCCAACAUGCGCCUGUUUCCAGUCCGAUUCUCAGCCGCCUCCUCGUCGAUGGCGAGUUUGGCCAAAAUGCUCGACUUCUACUCGGGCUUCAACCCAUCGCCCCUCUCGAUAAAGCAGUUCAUGGAUUUUGGUCAAAAUGCUUGCGAGAAGAAAUCUUACAUAUUCCUACGCAAGGAGCUCCCGGUUCGGCUAGCGAAUAUCAUGAAGGAGAUCGCCCUUCUGCCUGAUAACCUGUUGCACACUAGAUCCGUAAGCGAAGUAAGUUCUUGGUAUGUUAAAAGUUUCGAGGAUGUGCUGGUGUACGAGAAAGCUGAGCCCACCCACGACAAUCUGCAAAAGUUUGUGGCCGAUUUGGAUCUCAUUAGAAAUCGGCACAACGAUGUAGUGCAAACCAUGGCCCAGGGUGUGAUCGAAAUGAAGGAGAACGAGGGCGGUCAGGUGGAUGCGCCCACAGAGAGUUCCAUUCAGUACUUUCUCGACAGGCUCUACAUGUCCCGCAUCAGCAUUCGAAUGCUGAUUAAUCAGCACACCCUUCUCUUUGGCGGAAAUCCCCAUGCGGGUGGCCGCCACAUUGGUUGCUUGGAUCCCGCCUGUGAUCUGUCGGAUGUGGUUCGCGAUGCCUACGAGAAUGCUCGAUUCCUGUGCGAUCAGUACUACCUGUCUAGUCCGGCGCUGGAGAUCCAGCAGCACAGCAGCGAGCCUGGAGACAACCUGCCCAUCCGCACGGUGUACGUGCCCUCGCACCUAUACUACAUGCUUUUCGAGCUCUUCAAGAACUCAAUGCGUGCUGUUGUGGAGCACCAUGGCCAUGACAACAAUGACACAUUGCCCCCCUUGAAAGUAGCCAUUUGCAAGGGCAAGGAGGACAUCUGCGUGAAAAUUUCUGACCAGGGUGGCGGUAUUCCCCGUUCCCAGAGCGAUCAGCUCUUCAAGUACAUGUACAGUACAGCGCCGCAGCCCUCGAAGUCGGAUCUGCAUACGGUGCCCUUAGCGGGCUACGGAUACGGUCUACCGAUCUCAAGGCUUUACGCCCGCUAUUUCCACGGCGACAUUGUGCUACUCUCCUGCGAAGGAUUCGGCACCGAUGCAAUUAUAUAUCUAAAGGCUCUGUCCGACGAAGCAAACGAAUUGCUGCCGAUCUUCAACAAGACAAGCUCAAAGUUCUAUCGCGCCACCGUGCCCACGGGUGACUGGUCCAAUCAGAGCUCUGAUAUGAACGCACGCCAGCUGUCGGCCACCACACCCAAACGUUGCGACUUUCUUCAGGACGCAUGAACUGGGUGCUCCAGCAACUGCUACUCAGGUUAAGCAAAACAGGACUAUUCAGGAAACAAAUGUUUGAUAUUGAAAUCACGAUGUAUAUCACUAGCCCUAGGCAAACAUUCCCAAACUGCAGCAGCAACAGAAGCAACUCAAAUUUGUAUUCAUGGCAGUUACGUGUAGUUAUUGUGUUGUUUUUAAAAAUAAACGGAUGCAUACAAAAUACGGCAGUUUGUUAAAGAUCAAA